UUACGUAUUGAGCAAAGAGUAAGUGUAUGUACUUCAGGAGACUUGGAAGUGCACUCUGUCCACUGAAAACCACUCCCGUUCUCCGUUCUGCCCUGUUGUCCGAUUUAGAUACUUCAUUCCAUCGUUCAGUGAAGACUACCAAUAUGAGUGGGUCGCCAUCGGUUCUCGUGACCGGGGGAUCCGGGUUAUUGGGUAGAGCCUUGAUGACAACCAUCGAGAGCUCUGGGAAGUGGUCCAGUGUGACCGGCACAGCUUUUUCGAGAAAUGGAGCCAAUUUAGUCAAACUGGACUUGACGGACCUGGAUGGGGUGAAGAAAUUCAUCGAGGAGACCAAACCCACAUUUGUGGUUCAUGCAGCCGCUCAGAGGUUCCCGGACAAGGUGGACAAAGACUUGGAAGCUGCUACUAAACUGAAUGUCGAGGCCACUCAAGUACUCGCCAAAGCGAUAAAUUCCUAUGGUGGUAAAAUGAUCUACAUCAGUACGGACUACGUUUUUGAUGGCAAGGCGGCUCCCUACAAAGUCUCCGAUCAAACCAAUCCCGUGAAUAUCUACGGCAAACUCAAGCUGGACGGAGAGCUGGCCACCCUGGGAGUGGAUCCGGAGAACCUCGUGCUCCGAAUCCCGGUGUUGUAUGGACCGGUGGAAUAUUUAGAAGAGAGUGCUGUCACCGUGCUAUUCAAACUUCUGCUCUCGCCCACGGACCAGGACGUGGUCUCUGAUUACGAAAUCCGACGACCCUCACAUGUGGACGACAUUGCCUUCGUGGUCCAGAAGCUCCUCGAGGAGAAACACAAGAGAGGUAUUGAGAUCCAAGGGAUUUAUCAGUGGUGUGGAUUGGAGGCCUUGACCAAAUUUGGUAUGGUUCAGAUUAUGGCGAGGGCGUUGAAAAAGGAUGUCAAGACAAUCAAGGGGAAUGCCGAGAAACCACCGGAAACUGGGACUCAGAGACCUUAUGACACGACGAUGGACACUUCCCGCCUCCAAGAGUUGGGCAUCGAGCAUCACACCCCUUUCGAAGUGGGUGUGGCAAGCGUGCUCGAGAAAUGGAAUCAAAAGUCGAAUUGAACAAUUAUUUCCCUUUGUAUUUACUGUAUACGAUUGUAAGUUGAGAUUUAGACGAACGGAUUUUAAGACGAUAAUAAUAUCAAUUGCAUCACA